AUGGGCGAAGAGUACCGACCUCUUGACCUCAGCGCUGCGGAGGCGGCCCUUCCCGCUCUCGCUUUCUACUCCGAUCCCGACGUCGGCGGCUACGUGAUUUCGCAUGGAAAUUCCUGGUACCGCGGACAAGCCAUCAACGAACUCAAUGUAUCCACUCUUCUCUGGCUGGCCAAUGUUCAGGCCACCGGAGGCCCCCUCGCGGAUGCGAGAGACGCUGCUGAGGCGUACAUGAACGGGAUUCUCCAGAAUCCUGGGUAUGUCAGGAUCCCUUACGGGCAGUACCGCUUCGCAACGAUAGGUUCUGUGAUGAGCGACGACCCGGAGUACAUCCGAUGGAUUUCUUGUUUGUUCGUCCUCAAUUCGCAACCGCCCAACAUCUUCGACCUUGUGUCGGUUUCUUAA